GUGGGGAGGGGGAGAGUCUAUAAAGCUGAGAGUUGCUGUGUCGCCUCUCAAGCCAAAGCCAUGAAAGAGUCACCAGGUAAAUUUCAUCUAUGCCCUACACUGAAGUCAUUUUUCACUGAAAAAGUUGGAGGCUUGCUUUCCCAUUGCAAUUCAUCAAACAAGUAUAAGAAGUUAGAUGCAAAGCUUGAAGGGAAAAUGAUUGAAGUUAUCAAACACAAGGGGUCAUCUGAAAAGAAGACUUUCAAGUCAAUGAACAGCAUAAUUAUGAGAUUUCCUCAAUUCAAAGAGGAGAUGAGAUUGAUCAAGGAUGUGUUUGAACAGUACGAUGAAGAUUCUAAUGGAAGUAUUGACCGUGAUGAACUAAGGAAAUGCUUAGGCAAACUGCAAGUCCAACUAACAGAGAAGGAAAUGGAGGAUCUUUUCCAAUCAUGUGAUAUUGAUAAGAAUGAAGGGAUACAAUUCAAUGAGUUCAUUGUUCUUCUCUGUCUCGUCUACCUCCUUAUGGAGCCUUCCUCCUCUUCAAACACUAAAUCACAGAUGGGAUCACCACAACUUGAGGCCGUCUUUGAUACAAUAAUUCAAGCAUUCCUGUUUCUUGACAAAAAUGGAGAUGGAAAACUGAACAAGAAAGACUUGGCCAAGGCAUUUAAUGAGGCUCCUACCCAGGAGAAACUCCCGAGGCAUAUCACCAAAUCAAGAUUCAAAGAAAUGGACUGGAACAGAAGUGGUAAGGUCAGCUUCAAGGAUUUCCUAUUUGCAUUAACCAAGUGGGUUGGGAUCGAUACAGAUGAUGAGAAGGAUUAGUCAGUAUGACAUGAGGUGGGACUGGAUAGAAUUAGCAGAUGAUUUACAGGAGCAAACACUGUACAAGACUUCGGCAUAUGGCUGUAUGCCUGUAUGCAAUUCUUCAUAAUCAAAAUGUCCUAAAUACCAUCCAACAAUACUUGUCUGUUUUGAAUUCGUGUAAUUGUUGGGCCAUUGCAAAAAAGCCCUAUUAAGUAAGAGUAAUUGUGGCAGUAAAUGAUAAACAUCUUCCAAAAUAUCGUUCAAUUAAUAAUGCUGCAGAAAAACUGAAUUCAAAUC